AUGAGUGGAAGCGGUAAAGGUUUAGGUUUCGCUGGAUUUACUAUGCCGAAGAGAAAUCCAUCAACCAUGUCGUUGCAUGCCGUACCUCCGCCUUCGUCGUCAAUGAACAGCGUUCCACCUCCAUCAACGGGGCUCUCGAAGCAGGGAUACUCGACAAUGAAUGCCAUAACUCAAAAUGCUAUGACAGGCAACUGGGGAACACUAGGAAAAAAACGCGCUAAAACUGAAGAUGAGUAUUUUGACGACGAUGAUGAACCUCCAACACCAGCUCUUGCAUAUAUUCCUGCCCCAGGGAGUCCUACUAAUGACAUCGCUAGUCAGAAUGAUGAUGAAGAAGAUCCUCUAGAUGCUUACAUGGCUGGUUUAGAACAACAAGCUGCCAAAGACAUGAUGACUAGCAAAGAGAAUGAAGCAACUGGCAAGGGUGAUGCCGGUCGGGGUACGAGAGGAGAUAUAGAUGAAAUGGAUGAUGAAGAGAGUUAUUACAAAUAUAUGGAAGACAAUCCACUUACAGCAGCUGAUGAUGGUUCAGAUGUAGAAAUAGAAUACGAUGAAGAUGGAAAUCCAAUUCCACCACCAAAGAAAAAGUUCAUUGACCCACUUCCACCAAUAGACCAUUCUGAGAUAGAUUAUGAACCAUUUGAAAAGAAUUUCUACACACCACAUGAGGAAAUUGAUAAAUUAACCAAUGAACAAGUUGAAGAACUCAAAAAGAAUUUGGGAGUUAAGAUAUCUGGUCCAGAACCACCAAAGCCAGUCAGUAGCUUUGCACACUUGGGCUUCGAUGAGCAGCUCAUGAAAGCUAUUCGCCGUUCAGAGUACUCCCAACCUACACCAGUGCAGGCAGCUGGAGUACCCGCAGCGUUGGCAGGCCGAGAUCUUAUUGGUAUUGCUAGAACGGGUUCCGGAAAAACCGCAGCAUUUUUAUGGCCUCUGUUAGUACAUAUAAUGGACCAAAAAGAAUUGGCACCAGGCGAUGGACCAAUUGGCCUCAUACUUGCACCAACAAGGGAAUUGGCACAGCAGAUCUAUAUGGAAGCAAAGAGAUUUGGAAAAGUAUACAACAUACGAUGCGUGUGUUGUUACGGUGGUGGGUCAAAAUGGGAACAAACUAAAGCUUUAGAAGGUGGUGCAGAAAUAGUGGUAGGAACACCGGGAAGAGUUAUCGACUUGAUCAAAUGCAAAGCUACUAAUUUAAAACGGGUUACCUAUCUGGUGCUAGAUGAAGCGGAUAGAAUGUUUGAUAUGGGUUUUGAACCGCAAGUUCGGUCGAUAUGCAAUCACGUGCGUCCCGAAAGACAAGCUCUACUGUUCUCCGCGACGUUUCCCCGACGGGUGGAGAAGUUGGCUCGCGAUGCGUUGCACGAUCCUGUCAGAGUGCAGCAUGGCGCUGCUGGUGAAGCUUGCCAUCUUGUUACACAGCAUGUUCGAAUAUUUAACAAACCAGAGGAGAAAUGGCCCUGGCUACUCCAGAACUUAGUGGAAAUACUAUCCGCUGGCAGUGUUCUCAUAUUUGUUACGAAGAAGCUAGAAGCAGAACAGACAGCAGCAAACUUAGGUGUGCAGCAAUACGACGCGCUACUGCUGCACGGAGACAUGGACCAGGCGGACAGGAACAAAGUCAUUACUGCCUUCAAACGACAAGAACAGAACAUACUAGUAGCUACAGAUGUAGCAGCCCGCGGUUUGGACAUCCCCCACAUCCGCACGGUCGUGAAUUACACGGUUGCGCGAGACAUAGACACGCACACGCAUCGAGUGGGGAGAACGGGGAGAGCGGGCGUACGCGGUGACGCCUACACGCUGCUCGCUAGACACACGGAUAAGGACUUCGCUGGGCAUCUGCUGAGGAACUUGGAGGGGGCGCAGCAGGAGGUGCCGGAAGAGUUGACACAACUAGCGAUGCAAUCGGCUUGGUUCAGAAAGUCUCGCUUCAAGAAGGGCAAAGGAAAGAAUCUGAACAUCGGCGGAUGUGGUUUAGGGUAUAAAGAACGGCCUGGACUACCGAAUGUGUGCGAGGAACCAGUGGUGAAUGUACCAGCCGGUGGCCCAGCUACAGAUAGACUGGCUUCGCUCAAACAGGCUUUCCGCUCGCAGUAUAAUAAAUUCACAGCGUCAACCGACCACUCCUGGGAACAAACGCGGCCCGCUCUCCAGCCCGGAGUGAACGCGCCCGCGGCACAAGAAGAGAGAAGAGUGAGAAAGGGGGGGAAGAAAAGUCGUUGGGAAUAG